UUGUGCCGUUAUACUGUAAUAAACAUAAAGCGUAAAUAUAUAUAUUAUUUGAACUUUAACGAUAAUGUGAGCACGCAAACAGUUAUAAUGUAGCAGCCCUAUAAUUUAGUAAAAUUUGGUUUCUAAAUAAGUUAUUGGUCGUUAUUUAACAUUUAAACACAGAAUGAUCCAAAAUCCCGUGAUAAUAAAGAAAAACAACUGUUUCUCUGUAAAAAGCCGUCCAUGUUGCAAAUAGUAUUGAUAAUUAACAGUGUUGGCAUGGAUAAUAGCCGCCUGCACGGACUGACAUACAGAGUUGAGGAAUUGAAUAGUGGCGCGUGUUUCCCGCGUGGGAUCAGCUGACACAAGCACGCGGAAGAAGUACACUACAACGCUAAGUUCCUAGUGAGCUAACUUAAAGCUUCAUUUUGCCAACAAAACAAACAUUUUGGUCUUAUAAACAGAAGAAAUUAAGGUUUUGUGGUGUUCCUUCCUACAUGCUUUGUAAAUCCUGAGUUGUCAUUUGGCUACAAUGGCAGAAUCAAUGGUUGUAGUGAAUGGAAGUCAGGUGUCUUGCAUUGGCCAUGAUUUGGAAGACAUUCCAGAUUUUCUUGGGAUAAAAUAUGGAGAAUUGGCAAGAAGAUUAGAUCUCAGCUUCAACCAACUGAAGUCACUGACAGGCCUGAAAGUGUUCAGCCAACUGGAAGAGCUGAUUGUGGACAACAAUCUUCUCGGAAAUGACCUCCGGUUGCCCAGGUUACCACGGCUCCAUACCCUAACGCUCAAUAAGAACCAAUUCACAGACAUCGAAGGCCUGCUGGAAAAUUUGGUGGAAGCGACCCCAGCCCUGGAAUACCUCAGCCUUCUGGGAAACGAGGCCUGUCCUAACCAGCUGGUCAGCAUGGAUAAAGAUGAGGACGAUUAUCAGAGAUACAGGUUCUUUGUGCUACAUAAACUGACAACUCUGAAGUUCCUGGACACCCGGAAAGUGACCCAGUGGGAGCGGUCAGAGGCCCAAACACGAGGAGCUUUCAUGAAGGUGGUCAAGCCUAAAAAUGACGAAAACAUCAGUGAUGAUGUGAAGUCUGAAUCCUCCAGCACGCCAUACAACCCUUUACCACGAGGAUCCAAAGAUGCCAAAAACCACAAAGGGGUUUUCACCAAGUGCCGUUACGUCUACUACGGCAAGCACUCGGAGGGCAAUCGAUUCAUCCGCAAUGACCAGCUCUGACUGACAGACGGGCCACGCAACAAAGAUAUCCUCCACAUGAUAUUAUUAUAAAUAUACACGUUGCCACACGCAUUUUUAACAAGCCAAACACACAGCCCUCUAGUGCCGUCUACUGAGUGAGCCUUCAAUGCCACCUCUCAUCCUUCUCGCUCCGGCUGAGCCCUGCCAUCCAGAUUGACAUGAUUGCCUUUAAGCAGCCCCGCCACGCAGCGGUGACAGACAUGCGUACGGCCAAGUGCUCGUCCUGACAGCCGCGCCUCCGUGAUGGAUUGCCUGAUCCAACUGCUGCUCUCCGCAGGUCAAAGGUCCCACCUGAGGCUGCGGGCUGCCCGCACGAAGAGCCUCUCUCAAAGUCAAAGAUAAAGUUAGAGAGAAAGAUGAUGUUGCUUUUGUUGCAUUAUACUUCAUCUACUAUUAAAACUAAAGCCUUGUGCAUCAUUGCCGUAGGCAUCGCUGUAGGUAUAAUGUCAGUUUAAGUCAUUGAAGGUUUUCUCUAAUAAAAGUAUUUAAAGCAUAACAACUUACUAAUAUUCAUAAAUCAACCUGAUCUCACAGAAAUGUGUAUGUAUUUUAGAAGUUGGUUAAUUUGUAUUAAUUUGUACAAUUAUUCGAAAUCAAACCCGGUCAAAUAAAACAUACAAAUUUGAUCAUACAAAUAAGUCACUUUUUGGAAAAUAUGUACAAAUUUUUGUGUUAUAAUAAGCAUAAAAUGAAGCUAAGGAAAAUCAUGUUUUACUUAUACUUUAAAAAAGUUUUCUUUAAUUUUGAUCCUGUUUUUCAUAUUCAUCAUGAUUAUUUUACAGAAGUGCAGCUGAGAAUCUGUGGCAUGUGUAUGUUUACGUGAGUUGCAUGUGUGUGAGAUUUUGGGUGUUGCGGGGGCAGUUGUUGUGGUGCAGAGCCUGGAGGAGCUGUGAAAGGAGGUAAUGAGCUUUGCUUUAUUUUAUUCUUUCUCCGGAGGAACAGAGCAAAGAAAGACAGCAGCUCUGCCAGUGAAAUGGAGGAGGAUGAUGUGUGUCUGUGUGUGUGGAGUCAACAACUUUCCUCGCUCUUUUUGAUUGUUUCCUCAUGUCAUUUUUGGACCAGUGUUAAUGACUUUCUCUUAUAUUGUGUUUGUUUUUGAAAAUCCAAGAAGGUCUUUAAAACGUGUUUUGAAAGCUGCGGCAACAGUGGCCAGCAGUUUAGUUUACUAACAGAGGCCAAAAAUUUGGGAAUGUAAUUAAAUUACUGGUGGAUGUUUAAUAUUUGCCCAGUUUCUUUUUCAACACGUGUUCUUAAACAUCACAUUCCAUAUUUUUAGUUUAUGCACUCGUUUUCAUAUUCUGCACUAUAGACUAACCACAAAUCCACAGCAAAUGUAAAGAUAAUCAAGUAUAGAGAGAGCAGAUGAACUGCACACUGUUUGAUGGAGAUGAUCUUGCUUGUACAUGUUCCCUAUAUAGGAUCUUUUUAAAACAGUGGAUCUCAUUCACUAAUUUUUUUUUUUUCGUAUUUGAGGUGUAAGAAAAUAUUGAUGCAUCGUGAUAUUUUGUUAGGCAAUACUGUAUCUAUACUCAAAAAUGCAAUAUCCUUUUUUCAAUUUUUUAGAGCAUUGGUCUCCAACAUGGUGCCCGCACAGAGUCUGUGAGUUGCCCGCCAAAGCACAUUCUAUUAAUAGUCUCAAUUGUAAUAUUUAUUUAUUACAUUUUUUUACAUUAGCUUCUUUUAUGUAUGUAAACAUUUUAAACAAUGAUAAAACAUAUCAACAAGUAAAAUAAAAUAAGUUCAACAAAACAGUUUUGAAUAGACAAUAUCAAAAAGUAGCCCUCCAGAUUGUUUUAUCCAUUGUUGGAGACCCCUGGUUUGGAGUAUUUAUCUUCUUACCAUCUGAAUAUAAACAAUGACAGGAAGUACUAGCAUAGGGGCACAACACUUUUUGCUAAGGUUUGCAUAAUGGUGGUGUGUUCUUAAUUACAGCUUUCCUAAAAUUAUAUACUAUUAUGUUCCUAAAAUAGAAAAUAUUGUCUCACUUUACAGUAUCGGGACAUAUUGCAUCACAACCUAUAUCGUAUCAAGAGAUUUUUGCCGAUACACAGCCCUAAUUUAUAAGCACAUUUAAACUUCUCACCAAAUCUUUUACAGCCUAAUUUACAACACCUGCGUACGCAAAUGAAAACUUGUUAAAACUUAAACUUGUUCGAAUGUUAGUGAAUUUGGAGUGUUUACAUGCCCAAACCAGCUUAGAGAAGUAUGUUAUCGAAGCAAAAGGCGGAUUAAGUGAUUGAUUUAUGGACUUCUCAUUAGAUUAUUAUGUUUACAUUUAGGCAUUAAAGGCGGGGUGCAUGAUUUUUGAAAAACACUUUAAAAAAGGGAGUCAUGCCGAGUACCAAAACACACUUGUAGCCAAUCAGCAGUAAGGGGCGUGUCUACUAACCAACAUUGUUGCCUGGGUUGCGUAUAUAUGUGGGCCGGGUCUAUCAAAGAAAUUUCAAUAAGGAGGUUCAAACAACUCUGAGUUUAAACUUGAACUCUGAGUUGACUUACUCUGAGAUAGGAAACUCUGAGUUUUCAGUUACAGAACAGCUGAUCUGAGUAAGUUCAAUCGACUAGAGUAGGUUGACUCUGAGUUAAGCGCGUGCACAGCCACAAUGAAAAGCCAUCAUCAAUGGAGCUCAGAUAUUACGAUUUACCAUGUCAACAGCACGUGACAAAGAGGUCUGAACCCUUUUUACUACUAAAACUGAAAGUGUUGCUGCAAGUGUACAGCAACUACGAGCAUAUAUUUAAAAAAAAAUGGAAAUUGCUACUCUGGUAAAUGCAUACAUUUAAUUUUUCAUCACGGUAAAAAUAUCAGAAGUAAAUAAACGGAGGACUGUACGUUAUUUUAUUCAUUUUCAUGCAGAUGCAAUCCCAUAGACAAAAAGAACAUGACAGCAGCUCAGCUAAAAAUGAAAUUAGGCAUAAUACUUGUGCAUAAAAAGGCUACAAUUUUACAAAUGUUUGUCAUGGAUAAAACAGAAAUACGCUAAACCGGGAUUCGGACUCAGAUCGCCGAUAGUUAGUCUGCCCAAACCACUGCGCACAGCACUACCCACUAGACCAGCGAUAAUGAUGAAUGUGUUCAUAAGAAAUGUAAAGGCAACUAUUCAGAUGUAAGAGCACGGCCACAAAGACUGAUAUUAGUCAUGUAAGGAUAUUUAUAUAUCUAAAAUGACUGCAAAGAAAAAUAAUACCGCUCACAUAAAUGCAAAUAUGACAAAAAUCCAAUCGGGGUCUCAAAAUCCUCUCGCAAAAUAAAUGUAACUUCCUACAAAUAAAUGCAGCAGCAUCAUCUACGGGAUCCUCUAUAAAAGCACUUAAAAUUUGAGUCACUUAGACGGUCUGUGCACCUAAGUAUAUCAAAUUGGCUUUACUAGUCAUUUCAAUAUACUGUCUACAUUUUUUUGUUUAAAUUUAAGUGUAAUUUAAAAUAUAUAAAGCACUAAGGUAAAAUGAUUUGCACUGGCAAUUUGAUUAUAAAUUA